GAGUUGAAAUGGAUUUUAAAUAAACAUUUUACAUCCCCCCCCCACUGCCCCUGCCAGGUUGCUGGGGGAACAGGCAGCAGGCACUUCUUCACUCCCCCUGCCUGCCACCUUCAAUGCACAGCUGCCCUCUUGGCUGGCUGCCUUCGUUGCCUCUGUCACCCCAUGAGCACAGGCAGGAGCACGCGAGAAGCUAGCUGCGGGCAGAGGAGGGAAGUCACACCUUGAUGGCCAAGUCUUUCUCCAUGGAUUUGAAGGAGAGCACCAGUGAGGGCAGCCUAAGCAGUCUCCAGCCCUCCAGCCUGCAGAUCUUCGCCAACACCUCGACCAUCCAUGGAAUUCGCCACAUCUUCGUCUAUGGACCCAUGACUGUGCGGCGGGCCCUGUGGGCUCUAGCCUUCGUGGCUUCCUUGGGCCUCUUCUUGGUGGAAAGCUCGGAGAGGGUGGUCUACUAUUUCUCCUACCAGCAUGUCACCAAGGUGGAUGAGGUCGUAGCCAACAGCCUGUUCUUCCCAGCCGUCACUAUCUGCAACCUGAACGGGUUCCGCUUCUCCCGCCUCACCACCAACGACUUGUACCACGCUGGUGACCUUCUGGCCUUGCUGGACGUCAACCUGCAAGUUCUCCAGCCUCACCUCGCUGACCCGACAGUUCUGGCCAUCCUACGAGAGAAGGCCAACUUUCAGCAUCACCGAGCCAAAAUGUUCAGCAUGAGUGAGUUCAUGGGUCGCGUGGGCCAUGACAUGAAGGAAAUGUUGUUGUACUGCAAGUUUCGGGGACAUGAGUGCAACCACAAGAACUUCACAACCGUUUUUACGAAAUAUGGGAAGUGCUACAUGUUUAACUCAGGAGAAGAUGGGCAUCCUCUGCUGACCACUGUCAAGGGCGGGACGGGCAACGGCUUGGAGAUCAUGCUAGACAUUCAGCAAGACGAGUACUUGCCAAUAUGGGGAGAAACAGACGAAACUACAUUUGAAGCUGGAGUCAAAGUCCAGAUCCACAGUCAGUCUGAACCGCCAUUCGUCCAAGAGCUUGGUUUUGGAGUGGCACCUGGAUUCCAGACAUUUGUAGCCACACAAGAGCAAAGGCUGACAUACCUUCCGCCUCCAUGGGGCGAAUGCCGGUCCUCAGACUACGGCCUGGACUUCUUCCCUGUCUACAGCAUCACCGCCUGCAGGAUUGACUGCGAGACCCGCUACGUGGUAGAAAACUGCAACUGCCGAAUGGUGCACAUGCCAGGAGAUGCUCCAUUCUGUACGCCAGAGCAGUAUAAAGAAUGUGCAGAGCCCGCACUAGGCCUCCUUGGUGAAAAAGACAGCAGUUACUGCGUGUGCCAAACACCCUGCAAUCUGACCCGCUAUAACAAGGAACUCUCCAUGGUCAAGAUCCCCAGCAAGACUUCAGCCAAGUACCUCGAGAAGAAGUUCAACAAGUCAGAGAAAUACAUCUCGGAGAAUAUCCUCGUUUUGGACAUAUUCUUUGAAGCCCUCAACUACGAGACCAUUGAGCAGAAGAAAGCAUAUGAGGUGGCAGCUUUACUUGGUGAUAUUGGAGGUCAGAUGGGCCUUUUUAUUGGUGCUAGCAUCCUCACCAUUUUGGAAAUAUUUGACUAUAUCUAUGAGUUGAUUAAGGAGAAAUUGUUAGACAUUCUUGGCCAGGAGGAAGAGGAAGGAAGCCAUGAUGAGAACGUGAGCACGUGCGAUCCUUUGCCAAACCACUCUGACCCCAUCAGCCGCACUGUGACUGUCCCUCUGCAAACCACACUUGGCACGCUGGAAGAGAUUGCGUGUUGACAACACCCUUCCCAGGCACCACACGUAGCUGGAUGGCAGGAACUCUCUCCCUAGGAACCAGGGAAUAGUGCGCCAGUUCGUCGCACAGUGUGGGGGAACGGCUGAGGAUUUCGCUAUGCAUCCAACUCUUCUCUUUCUUUUUUUGCCAAAAUCUAGUGAGAGAUGCCUGGGACUCGAUUGCUUCCCCCCUGUCCAUGUGGAGUUGGGAGGAGGAGGUGGGUGUGGGAAGGGGCGGGGUUGUCUCCACCGGCAGAGGCCAUGUCUCGGUAUUUGAACUGUCAAACCGGACGACUGAAGAGCCACCAUUUCCUAGACUGCCAACCAACUGUACAGAAGAAGUCUGCAUGCCAGUCCUUUUGAUGGCAAUAUCUCCCUCUUUUUUUCUUUACAAGCCACGUCUGUCUAAAAGCUGUUUUUUUUUCCACUAUGAAGGAUGAGGCCACGGCACAGGAGCCCCCCCGAGUUCACCAUUACUUCAAAACACCACAGGCCAAGUUAGAAUACAGGCAUAAGGGGUGGGGGUGGGGAUCAAAGGUCCUGCUUCACAGGCCACCAUUCUCUCUUACUUUUGUCCAAAAUUCAUGACAGAGUCACAGAGCUCAAGCUUGGCGUGGGUUCAGCCAUUAGUAACUAAGGUGAGCAGGACGCAGUGAAUCAUCUUGCCCUCAUCUACCACCAGAAGUAACACCCCACCCCACCCCACCCCAACACACAUACACAAACACCUGCCCCAUGGCACACAUUAAGCCACAGCUAUUUUGUGAUCAGGUCAGCGUGUAAUAUGACAUGUGUGUUUCAGGAUUGGGGGUGGGGAGGCUGGUUUUCAAUUGCCUUUCUGCCCUAACCUGCUUCCUCAUUCUUAACAAUGCUAUUAAAGGUGGUCUUGUGGAAGGGG